UAGCUGGGUGUUGGGUGGCAAGUGCCGAGAUGAGGACCCGGGGGCGGAGAGCCCUUCUCCUCUGACCCAGCCAGCCUGGCUGGCACCACGGCGGAGUGGGAUCCUGGCUCCAAAGCCACCCUCUCCUGGCUCCGGAGCUGGAAGACUUGGAGGGGAGGACUCUGGUGACUCCCGCAAGGCUCGAGCAAGACCGGGCAUCCACCCCUCAUCACUAACCCAGCCUGGGCGCUGGUCCCGUGCGCUCCGCUGCGCAGCCUGCUCCGGGGCAAGAGCGCCUGUGCGCGCCGCUGCCGCCCAGCCUCCGGACCGACAGCAUCCGCGGGCAGCGGGACCCCGGAGGAGGGCAGCCCAGCAGCCCCGAGAGCCUCGAGGUUGAGGGACGCGUGGUCGGGGAACCUCCUGUGAGCUGCUAUCCGGGUUGGGUCACCCAGAUUUGUAACUGGAGAAGGGUCCAGGUCCUCGAGGGACAUCUCCAGCUGGCACCUCUGGCCCUCGGACCGCGGACUCGGAGCGCAGGCUGCCCCGUGGGCAAACCGACCCGAGUUCUGGUCUCCAGCCAGCGGCACCCUCGCACCCCGGAUCCCCCCGGGCACGGAAGCGGUCUAGCCGCCCUGCUCAGCCCUCCUGGGCAGCGGCGCAACGAACCCCAGCUGCUCCAAGCACCCCGAUUAGACCCUGGGCAGCCUCUUCUGCCUGGGUAGCCUCUCCCCGGGGGCUCACCCGCUCGCGCCCCUGCGCGUCCCUCUUUGUUUCUGAGCUUGCUCUGCAGGUGAUGUAACGAGCCCAGGCUCGCGCGCCGCUUUCCCUCUUCCCCAGACUGUCCCCCCUCCCUCCCUCCCUCCCUCCCUCCGCACCCGGAGCUCUGCGCGCAAAGCCGGGCGCUGGGCUGCGCCGCCGCUCCGCUCCCAGAGCACUGGGGACCGGCGGGCGCUGUCGGGAAAGACACGCUCCCACGUCCCACCGCCUGGGUGCAGAGUCAGUGGGGAAAGCCGGGUUUUCCUUCCAGAAUCAAGGGAGAGAGCCGAGAGGACAGCUGCUGUGGAGGUUUCUAAGGAGACUCAGACUGGCUUCUUUCCCUGUUCCUGGGAGACGGCAGGAAACCUCAGAAGAGAGAAAAGCUGCUCCCCGUCCAGCAAGUAGCCCCCAACUGGAUGGAGUGAAAGAUGCGGCCUGAUGACAUUAACCCGAGGACUGGGCUGGUGGUGGCCCUGGUCAGUGUCUUCCUGGUCUUUGGCUUCAUGUUCACCGUCUCUGGGAUGAAAGGAGAGACUCUGGGAAACAUCCCCCUCCUGGCCAUCGGGCCAGCCAUCUGCCUACCAGGUAUCGCGGCCAUUGCCCUGGCCAGGAAAACUGAGGGAUGCACCAAGUGGCCUGAAAAUGAGCUGCUGUGGGUCCGCAAGUUGCCCUGCUUCCGGAAACACAAGGACAAGGAGGUGGUGGAACUGCUGAGGACCCCUUCGGACCUGGAGUCAGGCAAGGGAAGCUCAGAUGAGCUGGCUAAGAAGGCAGGCCUCAGGGGAAAGCCUCCCCGCCAGGGGGAGGCUGAGGUGGCCAUGGCCAGCUCCAUCACCACCCCCUCACCCGCGGAGGAAGGAGAAUGCCAGAGCCUGGUCCAUAGCGGGCCUCAGGAGGAGACAUCAAGAUACCUGGACGGCUACUGUCCCUCGGGCAGUUCCCUCACCUACAGUGCCUUGGAAGCCAAGCGCUCAGCCUGGGACAGGUCCCAGUGCCCUGAGCCCGAGGACAGCAUCUUCUUUGUGCCCCAGGACAGCAUCAUCGUUUGCUCCUAUAAGCAGAACAGUCCCUAUGACAGAUACUGUUGCUACAUCAAUCAGAGCCAAGGCAGGUGGGACCACGAGACUAUAGUCUAAGCUUUGCAUACGAGGGUCGCUGUGUUGAUGGACACACAACUACACUCAGCUCCCGAUGGAAGGAAACUGCCCUGCUCCAACAGCCUUCACACUGUUAGAAAUGGAGCUGGUAUGUGACGGGUGUGCAAACCUCUGGUGCCUGAAAACCAUGUACAUAGGCAUGUUGGGGACACAUUUUAGGGAAGGGUGAUGAGGGCUAAGGACACUGGAAGAGGCAGUGGGUAGGAGAGGAAGCAGUUCCAAUUGCUUUUUAACAAUUUAAACCAUGUCGGAUGUUUUG